AUGGCUUCAACUCAACCCUCCGCCAAACGCCAGAGGACCAGUAAAGAAGAUACCCCUUACGAGCUAAUAUACUGGCCUGGUCUCCCCGGCCGCGGUGAACACAUUCGCCUCGCCUUCGAAGAGUCCAACACACCCUACACGGACACCGCCCAAGACCCCAAAGGCAUAGACCUAGUCCUCUCCCAAAUCUCCACCUCCAACCACGGCGACGCCCUCAACCCACCCAUCUGCGCGCCCCCAAUCCUCAAACACGGCUCCCUAACCAUCAACCAAACGCCCAACAUCCUGCUCUACCUCGCUCCAAAGCUGGGCCUCGUCCCCACAGCUGAAGAGGAUGAAGGUGGGGUGUAUCACGUGAAUCAGCUGGUGCUGACGGCGCUGGAUGGGCUGAGCAACGAGCCGCAUGAUGUGCAUCAUCCUGUUGCUUCGGGGCUGUAUUAUGAGGAUCAGAAGGUCGAGGCGAAGAGGAAGGCGGGUGAUUAUUUGGAGAAUAGGUUGCCGAAGUUUUUGGGGUAUUUUGAGAGGGUUCUUGGUGGGGAGGCGAGUAAGGGUGGGGAGUGGCUUUAUGGUGGGAGGUUGACGUAUGCUGAUUUGGUGCUUUUUCAAUGUAUCGAUGGAAUCAAACACGCUUUCCCAAACGCUAUGAAGCGGAUCGAGAAAGAGGACAAGUUCACGAAAGUCUUUGCACUUUACGAAAGAGUCAAGGAACGUCCAAAUCUCAAGAGCUACUUGGCAAGUGAUAGGAGACAAGCAUAUGGUAUGGGAAUCUACCGCCAUUAUCCCGAGUUGGAUGAGGAGUAA